AUGGAUCAGCAUCCAUGGCAAUCACUUUCGUCAUCCUGGGCUCGUCAGAAUGUUGAAGACGCCCCACCAAGUGCUAUCGUAGGACUCUCUGGUCUUACGCAGGAAGAAUCCACCAGUACUAGUGGAGAUAUACCUGGAUUUUCUCCGCCUGUUCAGAUGUCCGACAGCGGUCACCCGACCCGGCAAUCAUCCCCAGCAUCUUCCUCUUAUUCCUUACAAGGAUACAUAAACAACAUGACUAGCUCGACGUCUUCCGAUCAGUAUGACUUCUGUUCGAAUGCAUCAUCCCCUCCCAACCGGGUGUUGCUUCUUGACAGACCUCCCAAUGCAAGCCAGAGAUCAAUCGCCGAGGAUUCCAUUCAUACUCGUCAGAUGCAUUUAUCUCUUCUGGACGAGCAGGUGAUCGCCGCAUAUGCCGCAGUUAUUGCAGCACAGGAGAAGCACCGAUCGCUUCUCUCCCAGCGAGCUGCUCUACAAGCGCAGAUAUGCCGAGAUAAAAAUCGCCUACAACCCGCGCUAUAUCUCCCCAUUGAGACAUUGGCAGAAAUAUUCGCAUACUGCGCCGAUGAGGAUGUGUAUGCCGUUUGGAAGCUCUCUUCCGUUUGCUUUGACUGGAGAGUCGCAGCCUUGGCGUAUCCUCGUUUAUGGUGUAAAGUCGUCAUACCAUCACAUUUGCAACCAACAGACCAGCUUCAAAUAACUCGUCUAUGGGUCGAAAGAACUGGCACCGGGGGAGCCCUGGAUAUCCGCUACCGGGCGGUGGAGAGUGCCGUGCGAUACUCGACUUCUAUCUUUGAGGAAAUCAUGAAGGUCCUGGCCAGUCAAAUCUCCCGAUGGAAAUACUUCGACCUGGAAACCAAUCUGGACGACUGUGUACAUAUCUGCAUGAGGCUUUCAGUCGGCGCGGCCCCACACCUAGAGAAGUUUUAUGUAAGGGAGUCAGAAACGCCAGCAACUCGAAGGAAUAGACGACUUCUACCCUGCAAGACCUUGACACUCGGGCCCGCACCGAAACUUAAGCAUGUGAUGCUUUAUACACAGGCGUGGCCGACUGCAACCUUCUUACGGGGUCUCACGACACUCACACUCGUAUCUGGACGCAUCAAAAGGAUGGUGGACUUGUGGAGUGUUCUGGACGGAUGCGAGGAUUUAGAAAUGUUGACCUUGAGACUGCCCGUCGAUCAUGACUUUGAUCCACCGGGUCGGUCGCGAACUGCCCCCCUCAAGUUGGAGCGUCUUCACACACUCUCCGGUAAUGCUAUGGUAUUAGCAUUGCUCCCACAUCUCCUCGUCCCAUCCCUGAACACUUUGCAAGUCAAUGAUGUCGACGCAUUUAUGCUCAUGCGAACAUUAAAUGUGCUCGACUUGAGAUCAAACCCUCCUCUACACACACUUCAACUUCGUAACUGUCGCCUGGUGUCUGGAACCACGGGCCUUUCUCUAAAGUCUAUCAAACGGCUAGAAUUCCACGAGUCCGAAGUGGACGACAACUUCUUCCUAUCUCUAUCGAUGCCGACUGCUGGUACAUCUUCGUGGAUUCGGCCUUAUAGGACGUGGGCCCUGCCGUCUCUGGAAGUAGUGGUUCUUCGUAGAGCUCAUUAUGUCCGCGAAGAGGCGUUGAGGAGACUCAUUGAAGCUCGUAACCCAACGACUCCGAAUGCAAUGUGUCCAUCUGGUACCCCGGCCGUUGGUCUCCCUUCUAGGAUCAAGAUGGUCGAUGUACAGGAAUGUCGCCGUGUUCGAGGCAAGUUCACCAACUGGAUUCAAGAGCGCCUCGGGCGGGUUUCCGAUCGAUUCCACAUCCCUGGCUCUUUUUCUGGAAACGAUCGCCACCCAACUCAUCCGCAUUUUGGAGCUGCGUCAGGAUCUGGGAGUUUCCUUAACAGCCCAACGGUCACUGCGAACGGUAGUGAAACCGAUUCCCUAGAAGACCACGGCGAAGACCUAGUUGUAGAUAUUGAGUCGGAUGCCGCCUAA